ACUCACUCUCCUGCCGACCGCUCUCGAAGCAACAGCUCCGUCGCCCGAGUUAUAUAUAUAAGAAGAAAAUAAAGAGAGUUAUAACAGAAUAUUAGAGCCUUGUUUAAUUACGAGUUCUCCUCACCAACCAUCCAACUCGGAUUACUCUAACAAAAAUAUUAAAAUCAUCUAUACACGAUGCUCAGCCAUCACAAUAAAAAUAAAAACUUGGUGCGUGGACUAACCUCACCCUACCUUCAGCACAUAAAUGUGUAAACAAAGAAAAUAAUACGACGCAGAGUGCACGAAUAUUAGUUCCUCGUGCAAAAAUGAAAGAAGUGCUUCAAAACAAUAUUAUUACAUAUCGCUCGAAAGACAAUUGUCUUUCCGAUUGUGCUCAAGUAUAGUCAGUAGGUAUUGCCAAGCAUGUUGUUUUAUGUUCAAAAGUGAAAGUCGGGAUUUUUCGAGUGAAAUUUAUCUAUAUGCUUGCCAACACUAUGAUUGCGACUGCCAUUUUUUGUUUCUGUGCCUGUGACGCAUGCUGAUCAUAUGAACGAUGAAGCUUGUACAAGGUUAAUAAAAGAAAUUUACGAAUAAUAUUGCUUGAUCAGCAGUUUCAAACAAAUGAGAAUGCCAGCAUCAUGGAUUUAAAUAUGAUGAAUUCUGAUAGAAAUGCAGCCUUACUAGUAGCCAUAAGAAAAUCUGACUCAUUCAGUGUAAAGUCCAUACUGAAAUCCCUAAAAUCGAAUAAAUUAGGAACAGAUCCUAACUGGACAGAUUAUACACUGUUGGUGAUAGCACUGCAUAAGGGUCGAAUCACGAUAGCCCACAUACUUAUUGACAAUGGUUGCAGAACUCAAUCGCCUAAGAAAACAAAUUUUUUCUAUACACCUUUGUUUUAUGCUGUAAGACUUGGAAGGAUUGAUCUAGUGAAAAAGUUAUUAGUGAAAGGUGCUUCAAUUCUGGAUAAAGAUCAAAAUAAUGAAACAGCCCUUUCCUAUGCUGUGAGGACAAAAAGAUUUCAAAUUGUUAAUCUGAUGUUUGCUAUGUAUGAUUUUAAAACUGUAAAUCCCAACAACAAAGACCAUAUUGCACAUUUUCACAUAGCUUGCGAAAGAAACAUGAUGAAAGUAGUUAAGAAGUUCAUAGCACAUGGCAUGCCUGUCAAUGGUCCUGCUACCCACGAUAUAAAUAAAUCACCUGGUUUUACACCACUGCAUUUUGCUGCAGAUAAUUUGUCAGUAGAUGCCGUAAAAUUUUUACUUAGAAAUGGUGCAGAUGUUGCUGCUCAAGAUGCCAGGGGACUGUCUCCACUCCACAUAGCUUACUUCAAAGAUGUAAAUAAGAGCAGAUGCACGAGAGAUGGCAGCUGCUUCUACACUAUGAAAUUAGAAUUUUUGGAGUCAAAGCUUAUGAAACUUAAGAAAGAAUCAAUUGUUGGCAGAAUUUUGAUUGCACAUGUCAAUGAUAGCCCUAAUCCUGUAGAUGAAAAUGGAGUCUCUCAUUUUCACAUCGCCUGUGCAAAUGAAACCUGCAUUGUUGAGAGAUUUUUGGAGCAUGGAAAAAUCAAUGUUAACGCUUCUGUGUCCCUAGAUUCCAAACAAUUGAGUGGUUAUACACCACUGCAUGUUGCUGUUCAGUAUCAACGUGCAAAAACAAUACAAGUUCUCUUGGAUGCAGGAGCUCACAUAAAUGCCAAAGCUCGUGAGGGUAUGACACCAUUACACUUGGCAGUGAAAAAUAGUACAACAAAAAUCAUUGAGUUGCUCUUAAAAAACAAUGCAGAUGUCAGAAUUAAGAAUGAUGAUGGAUUUACACCCCUUCAUUUUGCAUUCUAUCACUUUGCUUCAGAUGAUGUCAUAAAUUUACUCUUACAGUAUUGUUCCAAAACUGAAAAUAGUAUCGAUGGUCGAGGUGUAUCGCAUUUUCACAUUGCAUGCACAAAAGAUAACGUUGAACUGGUUGAAUAUUUCUUAAAAAAUAACGUGUCGGUAGACUCUGUUGUUAAUUCUAAUGAGAGCAGAUGGGCCAAAUUCACUGGGUUACACUUUGCUGUAUACUAUAAUAAAAGAGCCAAUGUUGAGUUGCUACUCAAAUACAAAGCCAACGCUAGUCUAACAGAAGAACAAGGCUUAUCUGCUCUGCACUUGGCUUGCAAUCAGAAUCUAGAAAAAUUUUCCAGCCUGGUUAAAAGAUUCGAACAAGAGUGUGGUAAAAACAAGCCCUCUAAAUCUAUUGACUGGACCAAGAACCGUGAAGAUCAUAUUGCCAUAAUAAAGUUACUAUUGGAGCAUGGGGCAGAUAUCAAUGCCAAGGAAAAAGAUGCUAGGACACCCAUGUUCUAUGCAAUUGACUUUACUGAGGUGAUUAUAGGAACAGAAUGGCACCUGGGGAGUGCAAGAAAGUCGCUUUUUGAUUUCCAAGAGGAUAUAAAGAGAGAGCUUUGUGCAAGGAGACUUGAAAUCAUCCAAAUUCUCUUAUCUCACAAAGCAGAUGUCAACGUACGCGCGAAAUGUAGUAAAACGAUCCUACAUUCCAUCUGCUCCAAUGUUGAUCUUGUGAACGAAGACACAGAUAAGAUGGUUUCACUCUUUUUAAGCGAAGGAGCUGAAGUUGAUGCAGUGGAUGAGUAUGGUCUCACUCCCCUUCAUAUGGCCACCCAGAAUAGGGACGUGAAGGUGAUUAAUCUUCUAUUGCAACAUAAAGCAGACGUCAAUUAUAAGCAGACAAUCCGGCAGCUGACGGCUCUCCAUAUGGCGACCAACGGCGAUUACGAAAGCUGUGACGUUGCGACCAUUAAGGCUUUGAUAUCUCACGGAGCAGAGCUCAAUGCCAGGGACACCGAUGGCAGGACACCGUUGCACUAUCUGGGGUUAAUCGACCCGUCCAACGGUGAUGAUCCGAGCCUGUUCCGCUGCCUUCUGGAGGCUGAGUGCGACGUCGAUGCCCGCGACAAAAACGGUCAGACUCCUUUGUAUCUGGCCUGCAGCAGCAACAACUACGUGGCUGUGGAACAAUUCCUCAAGUACGGAGCGAAUCUGAAUAUUGAAGACAACAAUGGUCACAUUAUACUCGAUCCGAUCAUCAACAGACUGAAGGACCCCUUGGGUCUUGUCGGCAUCGGCGACUGGCUGGCCAGAAUCGAGAUCAUCCUGCAUUAUAUGACCACGAUGAUUGCCGCUGGCCUAUUCUUCAACAAAAAGCUCAGAAAAGCCAAAGCUGUUCUGUACACCUACUACAAGAAGCUGAACCUGCACAUAUUUUACAACACUGGCUGGGAUCGCAUCGACAAGCUGGACAACUUCUUUGUCAAAUGCAGAGCUGAGCUCGCCAAGAUGAAAGGCAUCUUUGUGGACAGCUACUCGUCGCUUAACAGCAUUAUCUACAAGGACCAGCAGGGGAUGUCAAAGCACGUGAAGAACACGCGCUUCACCAAAAUCCUCAAUUCAGAGAGCUUCGAGAAAGACUAUCCUUUAUAUGGAUUUAUCCUCAAAUUGCAAUACAAGAAAGGUCUCAGAAGAGCAUCACUUUUGAAGCCGGCACAAGAGGCCUGGAAUACAUUUUGUCCAGCCAACUGUCCAGUCGAGCAUAUAUUUAGAUACCUGAGCGAUGGGGAUCUAAAAAAUUUAAUAAAAGCUAAAGUAGAGAAUUCCUUUUUGAAAAGGAAACUGAUAGAAAGCAGAGACAGGGGAGAACCUUCCGAGAAGAUGCAACGAACUCAAUGAGCAGGAAAAGCUUUCGCGGCAAGACAAAAGUGCCUGUUACAUAAAAUUUAAGAUAACGUUAAAGAUUUAAAUAAAAUUUAUUUAUUUUUAUUGUUGAUAAACGCGCGUGCGCGCGAUUUUAUUCGUACGAAUACGUUUGAGACGAAGUGUAUUAGAUACACUUUUUUAGAAUCGUGUUGACGUAGAUAAAGACAUACGAGUUGCGAGGUAAAUUUUGUGUAAAUUAUUAACAGAAGCUUCCUGUCUCGUUAUCACGGCUAAUUACCACUAAUAAUGAGCUUGUAUAUACUAAUAUAUAUAUUUACAACAAUGCUGUUGCUAAGACUUAUAGAAAAGGAUUGCAUUUUUCACUAAUACAUGCAAAAAUUAUUGUAAAACCGAUAAAUCUAUUAGGUAUCUACAAAAUGUAUACGAUGGUACACAGUCUGAUACUUUCGUGAGAAUUUAAUAAAGAUGUAUUUUUUAAUUAAAUUACAUAAAUGAUGUCACAGUAUGCAAA